CUUGAAGCUGUCAGCGUGGUAACUGAAGGGUCUUGCAAUGUGAUAUUGAUAAAGUGCCGCAUGCCAGUAGACCACACUGGCCAGGAGCGAGGUGCAAACCAUAGCAAUGUGACGGCAGACCUUCUGUGACACUUCUGAACUUUGGUUGGCAUGGCAACCACCACAAUGGCUUCUCAUGGACAUUACAUAGCAGAAAAAAGGGUGAAAUACACAGAAGUAGUCGUUAUAGGUAAUGGUCCAUCUGCACUGACGCUAUCAUAUCUCCUGGCAGGGAACAGGUGCUAUUAUAAUGGCAAUCCGCACCCUAAUGAGUUCCUGGGAUACAAACUUGAUGAAAAUAGAGACCAAUCUCUAAUUGAGCAGGAUCUCGAAUAUUUGAGUGCUGGACUAGAAGGGAGGUCCUCUAACCCAGUUGCAAUACUUUUUGAUAAUCUCACACACCCAGAUGCCGAUUUUGGUACAGAGCUGCCAUCUUUAUUAGAAUGGAAGAAACACGAAGAGCAGGCCAUUCCACAUGUUGUCUUGGGGCGGGGACCACCAGGGGGCGCUUGGCAGAUGAUGGAGGGUUCUAUGCAGACAUUGAGUCUUGGAAAUUGGAUGGAACUACCAGGUCUUCCCUUCAAACAGUGGCUUGCUGACCAUAGAAUAAGCACACCGGUUCUAUUGAACAAUAAAUCAAGCAAGCACGAUAGAGCCAGUAUGAAUGAUGUUAAAAAUUACUAUGAGGCAUACGUCAGCGAAAACAAGUUAGAAAAAUAUUUCCAAAACAAUACAAUUGUGACCUCGGUACAGCGUGUCGUAAAUCGUGAUGAGCAUGAAAUUGACUCUGAGAGCGGGGAAGUGAUGUCUAGCAGUUGUAAUGGUCAAAUAUGGGAAGUAAGGGGAUACCACCUGAACGAGGAAAUGUGCAUGGGUUUCUGCUACCGAUCACGUAACGUUGUCAUAGCGACAGGUACUUACGACAUUCCAAAUAAACUUGGCUUACCUGGCGAGAAUCAACACGAGUAUAUUUUACACUCCAUUGCUGAACUGGAGAAAGUAAUUGAAUCGGGCGAAUUGCGUCCAGAUUCUAGUCCCCUUGCAGUUGUGGGGGCGGGACUAAGUGCGGCCGAUGGGAUCCUAACUGCCAAAUCUAUGGGUAUACCAGUGAAGCAUAUUUGUAGAAGGCAUUGCGAUGACCCAAUGUUGAUAUAUAACAAACUGCCAUCUGCGCUCUAUCCUGAAUACCAUCAGGUUUUACGCAUGAUGAAAAAUGAGGAAAAACACGAGGGUUACGAAUGCUUCCCAAAGCACCGUAUAUUGGAUCUAAUGCAGGAUAAUAAAAUACUGAUAUCUGGUGACGGUUCACCAUGCGACAGAAUUCUCGAGGUGUCCUACCUCUUGGUUCUGAUUGGCUCGCGGCCUGAUUUAUCAUUCCUGCCAAAUGAGGGGAAGGAUCUAGGUAUCGUGCCAAACUGUGCGAUUCAUUGUAAACACAAUCCCAUUGAUGUGGAUCCGUAUAGUUAUCAAAGCGUACAUGAGCCUGGACUCUUUGCGAUGGGACCAAUUGUCGGAGAUAAUUUCGUCAGAUUUCUACGCGGUGGAGCUCUCGGAAUAGCAAGCACCUUGUACAAGAACCAAUCAUCAGACAAGCUGUAA